CGGCGACAAGUCAAAACCACCAGAAAAUCCCCGCUGCGCCGGCGUAAAAACCUCCAGGAUCGGAGGUGCCCGGUGCUCUAUUUUUACGACGCUGUCCAGUGACUCACGUCAAAUAUCGGAGGCUACUUUGCUUUUUCUACACCCCUCAACCUUUCUCGCCGAAAAAUAAAUCCAUUGUUCUAUCUGUUCGUGCCAAUUGUAGAGGGAAAAAAAAACCUUUGUGGCAUACGGCUUUUUGUUACCCCGCGGAGAUGGCGACAAUCGUGUUGGGUAGUCAAUGGGGGGAUGAAGGUAAAGGAAAGAUCACAGAUCUCUUGUCCCAGAAUGCGACGCUCUGCUGUCGCUCUGCCGGCGGGCAUAAUGCUGGCCAUACCAUUGUUCAUAACUCCGUGACCUACGAUUUCCACAUCCUGCCGUCUGGCCUCAUCUCGCCGAAAUGUCUCAAUCUGAUCGGUGCCGGAACCGUCUUCCACGUCCCCAGUUUUUUCAAGGAACUCGACGCUUUGGAAAAGAAGGGAUUGAUAGGAGCCAGCAAGCGCGUUUUCAUCUCUGAUCGCGCCCACGUUUGCUUUGAUUUACACUCCGUUGUCGACGGGCUGGAAGAGGCGAAGCUCGGCGGUCGCAAGGUCGGUACUACGGGUAAAGGCAUUGGGCCUUGCUACAGUGACAAAGCUGCCCGACGCGGCGUGCGUGUUGGAGAGAUUUUUGAUGAGGAAGUGUUUGAGCGGAAACUGCGCAAUCUUGCCACUGGUUACAAGAAUCGGUUCGGCGACUUGGUGUAUGACGUUGAGGAAGAAAUUUCAAGAUUCAAAGAAUACCGGAAAACGCUCAAACCCUACAUUAUCGACCAACUUCCCUUCCUCCAAAAAUACAAGAACGAUGAGGGGAUACUUGUCGAGGGCGCGAAUGCCCUCAUGCUCGAUCUCGACCACGGUACAUACCCAUUCGUCACGUCGUCAUCUACCGGCCUUGGAGGUGCUAUUCAAGGUCUCGCUCUCAACCCGUUCAAGAUAAAAGAUGUUAUUGGCGUCGUUAAAGCCUACACAACCCGCGUCGGCUCUGGCCCCUUUCCAUCAGAGCAACUUAACGAGUACGGCGAGAAGCUGCAAUCCGCUGGCCGCGAAUUCGGCGUGACGACCGGUCGCAAGCGUCGUUGCGGAUGGUUCGAUCUCGUGCUCUGCCGAUACUCGCUCGCCGUUAACCACUACACUGCCCUCAACUUGACAAAACUCGACAUUCUAGACGACUUCGACGAGAUCAAGGUCGCUAUUGCAUACAAACUCCCCGACGGGACUCGCGUUGAAGACUCAUACCCUGCCGAUCCUGACGUUUUGCAAAAGGUUGAAGUCGAAUAUAUCACCCUACCAGGAUGGAAGAGUAACACCAUGGGCGCGACAAAGUACGAGGACCUCCCAGAAAACGCGCGCAAAUAUGUCGAAUACAUCGAGAAAGGUCUGGACGGAGUUCCAGUGAAGUGGAUUGGAACAGGCCCUGCCAGAGAACAUAUGAUUAUCCGAUAAGUAAACCCCGUACACCUUUCCGAAGCAAUCGCAGAAAAGGGUUCGAAAAAAAAAGGGGUAAGCAUUGUAGUAUCGUAUCAUGAGUGCAGGUCUGUUGGGAAUGUGAAAAUGCUUUCUUUUUUCCCCUUCCGCUUUCGAUACUUCUCUUUCUGUUGAUUCACGAAUCAACUUGAUUUAUACCUCUUUGUCUGUGUUUGCGAUGAUUUGAUUCAUUGAAUGU